CAGGAAGAAAAGGGAAGCGACCCGUGCCAGUGAGUGCUAUGAGACUUCACAGUCACCAUGCCUCAGAGGCUUCGAUUCGUCGUACUCGGCUCCAGCCGGGUCGGAAAAACCGCCAUCACCGUCCGAUUUUUGACUCAGAGAUUCAUAGGUGAAUACAGCUCACGGAAAGACCAGAUUUACAAAAGCAUGAUCAGAAUAGAUGGGAAAACCGCCCACCUAGAAAUUCUAGAUACCUGCAGAUGCCUGGGUUUCGAGAGGAUAGGCGAGCUCGCCUCUUGGGGACAGGGGUUCUUGGUCGUUUUCAGCCUGACGGACAUACUAACUCUUCUAGAAGCGGUCACCAUCAUCAGAACACUCGCGGGUCACCGACCGUGGCGGCCGAUCAUCCUACUUGCUAACAAGUCCGACUUACGCCACGCCAGGUCCGUUAGUACGAAGUGCGGUUUGGAGGCGGCAGUAUCUGAGGGAAGUCUUUACCUGGAGGUGACCGCCGCCGGAGAAGCUUCUGGGCCAAAUUUGGCCUUCACAGCCCUGGCCAGGCUCGUCGUCGCCUCUAGGCCAUCCUUCGACUCAUGCAUCCCGUUUCUCGCAAUCGCUGCAAAACUCAUUAAAAGAAAAAGGGGAAAAGCCGAAAGGAAGCCUUUCAUCAAAGAAACUUGCAUUUUGUAAUCUAACUUGUGAUAAGAACAAUUUUGUAAAUAAGUCUUGUAAAUAAAACAAUUUCCUGUACAACAUAUUCUAGCUUUUAAU